CUGCUGGCGCUGUGCGCGUGGGCGCUGUGCGCGUGGGCGCUGCGGGCGCGCGCCUGCCCGCGCCUCUGCGCCUGCCCCGCGCCCGGCGCCGUGCACUGCACCUUCCGCUACUUCACCGCCGUGCCCGCGCGCAUCCCGGCGGGCGCGCGCCGCCUCAACCUGGGGUACAACAGCUUGCUUCAGCUCACCGAGACGGACUUCUCUGGCCUGGAGAAACUGGAGUUACUGAUGCUGCACAGCAACGAGAUCAACUCCAUCCCCGACAAAGCCUUCCGCGACUUGCAUUCCUUACAGGUCUUAAAAAUGAGCUACAACAAGGUCAGAGUACUUCAGCAGGACGUUUUUUAUGGUCUGAAGAGCUUGGCACGGUUGCAUAUGGACCACAACAGAAUUGAAUUUGUGCAUCCCAAUGUUUUCUACGGACUCACAUCACUGAGGCUGGUCCAUUUGGAAGGAAAUUUACUUACGCAGCUUCACCCCGACACUUUCAUCACCUGGCGCUAUAUUGAAAUAUUCAAAGUAUCUUCCAUAAAGCAUAUAUAUUUGUCUGACAAUCUGUUGACUUCACUACCACAAGAACUGUUUUCCCACCUUUCUGAGCUGGAGAGCAUUUACCUCCACGGAAACCCUUGGUCCUGCGACUGCAGUCUACACUGGUUUGCAGAAUGGGCACAAGGGAGACCAGAUAUUAUAAAGUGCAAAAAAGACAGAAGCUCUUCUGGUGCUCAGCAAUGCCCAGCUUGCGCUAACCCCCAAAGGUGUGCAGGGAAAACCUUAGCGGAUAUUCCAGCUGCAUCCUUGGUCUGCACUAAGCCAGCCAUACACCCCUCCCUGAAGCUGAAACACAUCGCAGUGCCAGACGAUGGGGAUUUCAGUUCCUUAUCUCCCGAGGACUUCAUAGCUCCUAUAGGAUCCAUGGUUUUGAACAUGAGUGACCAAGCAGGAAGUCAAGGUAACUUGGUUUGCAACAUCCAAAAACCUAAAGAAAUGUCUCCCAUCUCGUUUGACAAAAAUGGCAAUAAUACAGUACUCAAAGUAUCAUUCUCAGCACUUCUUGUGUGUGACGUUAGUUAUGAAAAUAUUCAGCAGCUGUGGAGCAUAUUGGCCCUGUACAGCAACUCUCCCCUUGAAUUAGAAAGGACUAUCUUACCCACUAAAACACCUUUUACCAGUUACAAAUACAAGCAGAUCUACUCAGAAAAGAAUGAACUUUUUACCAAUAUAGAAACUGAACUGAGAGCCGAACCAUCUUGGUUAAUGCAAAACCGAGUAGCUUUGCAGCUAGACAGGACAGCAACCACACUUAACACAUUGCACAUCCAGUACUUUACUGAUGCCGAGAUUAUUUUGCCCAAUGUCGACAAGAACCAAUUGAGAAAGAGCUGGACAAUCAUCUCGAGGGACAACAAAACAGAAACCCAACACACUGUUUUAGUUGGGGGGACGGUGGAACUGGAGUGCCGAGCAAUCGGAGAACCAGCUCCUGCAGUAGAGUGGAUACUGGCUGACGGGAGCAAAGUUAGAGCCCCUUACAUCAGUGAGGAUGGAAGAAUCAUAGUCCUUAAAACUGGAACUUUUACGUUACGGACAGCUGACAGUUUUGAUACCGGACUUUACCAUUGCAUAGGAACAAAUUAUGCUGAUGCAGAUAUCCUCACGUUUAGAAUUACUGUGGUUGAUCCUUAUGAGGAACACACUCAAGUCAAUGGAGCUCAAGUUUCUACAUUUGUUGGUGAUGUGCUCCAUCUUCCCUGUCCAGCCACUGCUGUUCCAGAUGCUUCCAUUAGUUGGGUGCUACCUGAGCAUGUGAUUCUUCAUCAUUCUGUGAGAAACAAACAUAUUUUUGAAAACGGUACCUUGAAAAUUCAAAGCGUCACCAAGCAAGACAGUGGCUACUUUAGAUGUGUUGCGGCCAACCAGUACGGUGUUGAUCUUUUGGUAUUUCAAGUGCACGUUAAAACGGAUAAAACCAUGCCACAGAAAAAGCCCGUAGCUGUGGGAGAAGGGGAAGAGGGCUCUGGCAAUGUAAUGCUUGUCCCCGAUACCAGACGUGAGAACUCCUUGGCUUCCCUAGCUACCUUGACAGCUCCUCGGGAGUCUGCAACUUCAGCACCUGGAGAGCAGACUUUACAGAGCGCAAGCAGAAGGAACAGCCAUGGGAAAACAACCUACCGGCGCCACAGGGACAAAGCAAGCAGGAGGUUUAGAGGACACAGGAGACAGUUCCUUUCCUCAGCCCRGAGAGUUGAUCCACAGCGCUGGGCUGCCUUGUUGGAAAAAACAAAGAGGAAUUCGACACUGACAGAAAAACAAACAAUAGCUCCAACAAAUCUACCUAUUCAGGCUCUUAAAUCCUCCAGAGUAUCUGAGGAUGAAGAAGAAACAUCUGGUGAUCCCACAUCUCCAGAACUAGAGUCUAUGGUAGGGGCAACUAAGACACCCUCUGCAUCUCCUCUGGAAAAAGCAGUGGAAAACAAGGCAACUGCAGAACUUCCGACUGCCACAAGCAGCACUGCUGCACGGAAAACCUCUGCCUGGGUGGCAGACGCAGUAACUCCACCAGCUUCUCCACUUUCACACUCUGUCUCACCUGUCACCAGAAGGCCACAAACGUAUCUAAAACCUACAGUMACAAGCCCCAAAUCACAGGAUAGAUCUGAUUCAAGCAAAACACCAGUACAGGGUACGGAACAAUCAGCUGUAUCAUAUGGAGCAAGUAGAACGUCAACAGUCUUCAAUGCUGGGCACAGAUUGGUAUAUUCUGAGGAAAAUAACAGCCAAUAUUUAAAAUUCRUAUCUGUGACACCCAUGGCAAGUGCUGCUGCCACCAGCAAGCACGUAACUCCUACCAAAAAAGCAGAAAAGCUCCUUGUUUUUGCUGAGUCUAUUGACAAGACUUUGACCAAAACAGAUCCUCAGGGGUCUGCAGUGACAGUCAGUGAGCCAGUCAAGGAGUCCGGUUUCAUGAACGUUCACAGCACUCGGAAACUCCUAACUCCUAAGCUACCGGGCUCAGCUAACACUACACAUGGGCAAGUCCAGCUGUUUGGAGACGUUACAACUCACACGCCCCAGGCCCGGCCGCAACAUGGAAGACGAAGGAAAAUUUCUGUUCGGAGACGCAUCGUCAGACCAGACCGAAUCCCAGGUCUGAAUGAGCACAGAUACAACCUGGGAAGUCCAGGCUCUACCAGAGGAAGAGCAGCUGCAGUUCCAGGUGUCCAACGAACUACAGAGCACUUCUCAAAUCGCCUCACUGUAAGUAAUUCAGACAGUUCCCUCAACCCACACAGCGCAGAAACACCUCUGUCCCCCCCCUCUACCACAAACGGCCAACUAGAGCACCCAGUGGGUGCUCAUGGAGACACAGCGCUCCUCCUGGAAGAAAAAAAUGAACUUACUGCGAGACUAGAAGCAGCUUCUACAGCCGUGCUGGUCAUUGCGGAAGGCACRCGGGCUGAUCCUCAGUGGAAAUCUGAGGGUUCAUCUCAAACAAACAGCAUCCAACCCAUUACUUUGGAACCACCUCCAACGAUCCACACACCCCAUGUUGCUGCAGAAAUCACACAUACUGUGAGUACUGAGAUAUCACCUACUUUUGAUCCCAUUCCACCCAGUGUUCAGUCAAGAUUGUCAUCCAAAAAUUACCAAAUAGGAAAAAUUACUUGGGAAGGUGUCUUUGGGAAUGACACAGACAGGGCGGUGUUGAAGAAGCUUCCCCAAGAUUACACAGAGGUGCUUCCAUCACGGGAGGCAUCAAGUGYACCUCCCACAACUACAGCAGCCCUACAGACACCCGAUGCUUCCCGCUUGGACUGGGYGCGUGUGCCAGGCGAGGAGACGGGCGCUGCUGCGCUCCCGUCCCCAAGGGACACUGUUCACGGUGACCGCGGCGCCUGGGGCAAACACCCGCUGGGCGCAGGGCUGCCUGCUCUCGCCAGUGCCACRACUGCCGAGGCGGCGCGCGCAGCGAGCCCGGGGCCCACGGCCRCUGCUCGCCUGCACGGCGGUGCACUCGGAGCGGGAAGGAGGCGAGRCCAGCGGAGGAGACGGCCCCAGCAGGGCCCAGCCUCCCCUCGCACAGCAGCCACAGUGGUGCCACCAGCGAGCGCCAUGCCCGCAAGCACAGGGCCCCGCUCCGCGCAGGCCGGGCGCCCCACAGCCGYGCUGCAGGGUACACAGGCCUCAGCCCAGCUGCCUCCCACCACACACUCCCGAGCGGCCGCCACAGCUGCCGGCCCGACGGCGGCGCCGGGCACAGACACUCCUGUCACACGGACCAUGGCCCCGCGCAGCACCGUGACACCCGCGCCGGCCAUGACACCCUCUGUGCCAGCCAUGACACCCUCUGUGCCAGCCAUGACACCCCCUGUGCCGUCCACAUCAGCUGUGACACCUUCUGUGCCGCCCACACCAGCCAUGACACCCCCUGUGCUGUCCACAUCAGCUGUGACACCUUCUGUGCCACCCACACUGGCCAUGACACCCACUGCAGCAGCCAUGACACCCCCUGUGCCAUCCACACCAGUCAUGGAGCCGCCCGUGCCAGCCGCGACACCCCUCUCUCCUGCACCAGCCACAGGAGGCGGCCCCGCUCCAGGCAGCGCUGCCGCAGCGCCCGCCCGCRGAAGGGAGCAGGACGGUGCGCUCUCGGGCUCCCCUGGGCGCAGGCCGCACGGGGCGGCCGCCACCAGCAACCCGCCCGCGCUGGGCUCCCCCUACCCCAGGCUAUCCGCAAAGCCCAGGAUCGUCGGGGGGAACGUGGCUGCUUUUACAGUGCUGGCCAAUUCGGACGCCUUCCUUCCGUGCGAAGCUACGGGCCACCCCGCUCCUACCAUACAGUGGACCAAGCUCUCCCCAGAGCCGGAGGCGCUGGAAGGGCGGCGCGAGCGCCGUGUCGCGCUGCUGCCCAACGGCACGCUGUCCAUCGCGGCGGUGCACGUGCGGGACGGCGGGCAGUACCUGUGCGUGGCGGCCAACCGGCACGGCGCCGCGCGCCUCCUCGUCACGCUCUCCGUGGUGGCGUACCCGCCGCGCGCGCUCGACGCCCGCGCCCGCCUGCUCACCGCGCACUCCGGAGCGCCCGUGGCCGUGACGUGCAAAGCCGAGGGCAGCCCCGCGCCCACCUUCUCCUGGAUCCUGGCAAACAGGACCUACGUCUCGGCCUCUUCCACGGGAAACGGCAGGGUGUCUGUGCAGCCGGAUGGCACUUUAAUUAUCCGGGAAGUCACUGUUUACGACAGGGGCCUGUACACGUGUGUGGCCAGCAACCCCGCGGGCACGGACACGCUCGUGGUGAAGCUGCAGGUGGUGGCGGCGCCGCCGGUUAUUKUGGAAGAACAGAGAGAGCACGUGGAAGGCAGCACGGGGGAGAGCCUGGCGCUCCCCUGCACUGCCAAAGGAAACCCGCAGCCCAGCGUGCACUGGGUGCUCUCUGACGGCACCGUGGUGAAGCCCCUGCAGCUGGUAAAGGGGAGGCUCUUCCUCUUCUCCAACGGGACCCUGCACGUGAGGAGCGCGGCUCCGGCCGACAGCGGGACCUACGAGUGCAUAGCCACGAGCUCCACAGGCUCCGAGCGCCGCGUGGUGCGGCUGGCGGUGCCGCGCAGAGCGACGCGCCCCACGAUAGCCCGCGCCUCACACAGGGUGACCCGCUUGGAUUUCGGGGAGCCGCUGCUCCUGAACUGCACCGCGACCGGCGAGCCGGAGCCCAGCGUGAUCUGGAGGCUGCCCUCCAGGGCACUGGUCGACCAGGGGCACAGAAUGGGAAGUCGAAUCCACGUUUUUCCCAAUGGAUCCCUGCUUAUUGAGGCAGUUACAGAGAAGGAUGCAGGUGACUAUUUAUGUGUUGCAAGAAACCAAAUUGGGGAUGAUCUGAUAUUGCUGAAAGUCAUCAUCACCAUGAAGCCAGCCAAGAUUGACCAGAAACAGUAUUUCAAAAAAUGGGUACCGUACGGAAAAGACUUCCAAGUGGACUGCAAGGCCUCAGGGCUGCCUGCCCCCGAGAUAUCCUGGAGCUUGCCGGACGGCACAACCAUCAACAGCGCGAUGCAGGCGGACRACGGCAGGCGCAGGUCCCGCAGGUACGUCCUCUUUGACAACGGAACGCUCUACUUGAACAAGGUUGGGCUGACGGAGGAAGGGGACUACACCUGCCUUGCCCAAAACACCCUGGGGAGAGACGAGAUGAAGAUACACGUCACAGUGGUGACCACGGCCCCUCGCAUAAAGCACAGCUACAAGACAUACGCUCGAGUGAAAGCUGGAGACACGGCACUGCUGGACUGUGAAGUUGUCGGAGAACCCAAACCAAAAAUAUUCUGGUUACUACCUUCCAGUGACAUGAUCUCCUAUUCAAGAGAUCGGUACCUGCUGCACGCCAAUGGCUCGCUGUCAGUGAGCAGAGUCAAACUGCUGGACGCCGGGGAGUACAUGUGUGUGGCCCGGAACCCUGCAGGGGACGAUACCAAACUCUAUAAAGUGGAUGUUGUUUCCAAACCCCCUACCAUAAACGGUUUAUAUGCAAACAAAACCAUCAUGAAGGUGACGGCUGUGAGGCACGCAAAGAAGCAGAUYGACUGUCGGGCAGAAGGGACGCCAACCCCUCAGAUUAUGUGGGUCAUGCCCGAUAAUAUUUUCCUAACAGCUCCAUAUUAUGGGAGCAGGAUUACAGUGCACCAAAAUGGGACCCUUGAAAUUCGGAACCUGCGCCCUUCGGACACAGCGGAUUUCACCUGUGUGGCACGCAACGACGGGGGCGAGAGCGUGCUGGUGGUGCAGCUGCAGGUGCUGGAAAUGCUACGGCGACCCAUGUUUAAAAACCCUUUCAAUGAGAAAGUAAUAGCAAAACCCGGAAAAACUAACAUAUUGAACUGUUCGGUGGAUGGAAAUCCUCCUCCUGAAAUAAGCUGGAUGCUGCCUAACGGCACGUGGCUUUCCGGGGGCACCCGCAGCGCCCGGUUUGCCACAGGCACCAACGGCACCCUUACCAUCUCCAACACGGGCAGGGAGGACGCCGGGAAGUACCGCUGCGCUGCCAGGAACCAAGUCGGCUACAUCGAGAAGCUCAUCGUGCUGGAGGUGGGCCGGCAGCCCAGMAUCCUCGUCCACGCGAGGGGGCCGGUGCAGGGCGUCGCCGGGGAGCCGCUGUGGCUCCACUGCCUGUCCGAGGGCAGCCCCAAGCCGCGCACUGCCUGGACGGUGCCGAGCGGCCUCGUGCUGGACCGGCCGCACAUCAGCGGCAAGUACGUGCUGCUGGAGAACGGGACGCUGCUCAUCCGAGCGGCCACGGCUCACGACGGCGGCACCUACGUGUGCCGCGCUCACAACGCCGCUGGCGACGCCUCAGUGAGCGUUGCGGUGGCCGUGGCGGCCCACGUGCCGCGCAUCACGAGCGGGCCGCCGCGCAGCGUGCGCACCGCGCCCGGCGCCCCGCUGCAGCUCACGUGCGCCGCGCUGGGAGCGCCCAGCCCGCACAUCACGUGGGAGCUGCCCGACCGCUCCGUGCUCUCCACAGCGGACCUGGGCCGGCCGGCGGGGAGCCAACUGCUCCAUCCCCAAGGCACCCUGGUCAUUCCGAAUCCCCGGCCGUCGGACUCAGGCAUGUACAGGUGCAUUGCUAAGAACCAUCUGGGCAGUGAUUCGACAGUCACGUACAUCCACAUCAUCUGAAAUCACAGAAACAUAAUGGUUGGAAAAGACCUUCAAGAGCACUGCAAACCCUUCCAUACCAUCCUGCUAAACCAUGUCCCUAAGUGCCUCAUCUGCACCUUUCUUCAACA